AAGAAUGGAGGGGGCAGCAGAAAUUGGCUGACGUUUCUCUUCCCUCCCCAAACCCUAGCUCCUCCUGCCGCUCAGCGGAAACCAGAGGAAGAGAAGGAGAGGCACAGAGGGCCUGAUAUGGUGAUGGACGUGGUCGCUAACGGCCACCACCUGCUAGAUGCGAUGGCGGAGCCUCCAACGCCGGCUUCUCACCUGGUCGUCGACCCCUCACAGAUCGACGUCUCGAGGGUCGACCUCGACUCCAUCCAGCUUCCUCCCGGGGAGAAUUUCGGCAUCUUGAGUGACGACGAAGAUGUGAUCGAGAGCGAGACUCUCGAGUACGAUUCCGGUUUUGAGAACGUCAUCGUGGUCGAUAACCUCCCCGUCGUCGGGCCCGACAAGUUUGAGAAGCUGGAGGGCGUCGUUAGGAAGAUAUUUGGGCAGAUCGGCAUGAUUAAGGAGAAGGGGCUCUGGAUGCCUAUGAAUCCCGAGACUCAGAAGACGCAAGGUUAUUGCUACAUCGAGUUCAAUACCAAGCAGGAAGCAGAGUCGGCAAAGGAGAAGACAAAUGGUUACAAGUUGGAUAGGUCACACAUAUUUGCGGUCAACAUGUUUGAUGAUUUUGAUAGGUUUAUGAAAGUUCCAGAUGAGUGGACUCCUGCUGAGAUCAAGCCUUUUACACCAGGGGAAAAUCUGCAUAAGUGGCUGACAGAUGAAAAAGCUCGUGACCAGUUUGUUGUACGCUAUGGGGCGGAUACUGAGGUUUUAUGGAACGAUCCUCGGCAGUCGAAGCCAGAACUUGUCUAUAGUCGUAAGCAUUGGACAGAGAGUUUUGUGCAGUGGUCACCUUUGGGAACAUAUCUUGCCACAGUGCACAGGCAAGGUGCAGCUGUUUGGGGAGGUGCGACCACAUUUAACCGCUUAAUGAGAUAUGCACAUCCCCAGGUCAAACUUAUUGAUUUUUCUCCUGGAGAGAAAUACUUGGUCACAUACAGUAGUCAUGAACCAAGCAACCCUCGGGACACGCAGACAGUUGUGCUAAACAUUUUUGAUGUGAGGACGGGCAAAAUAAUGAGGGAUUUCAGGGGACGAGCUGAUGAAUUUGCCACUGGUGGAACAGGAGGUGUAGCAGGCGUGUCAUGGCCUGUAUUUAGAUGGAGCGGUGGGAAGGAAGAUAAGUACUUUGCUAGAAUUGGUAAAAAUGCUAUCAGUGUCUAUGAAACAGAGACUUUUGGCCUCCUGGACAAGAAGUCUAUUAAAAUUGAGAAUGUUAUGGACUUCAGUUGGUCUCCGGCUGAUCCCAUAUUGGCAUUAUAUGUUCCUGAAGGAGGUGGUGGAAAUCAGCCUGCUAGAGUUAGCCUUAUUCAGAUUCCUGGUAGAGAGGAGCUUAGACAGAAAAAUCUUUUCAGUGUCAGCGACUGCAAGAUGUAUUGGCAAAGCAGUGGUGAUUAUCUUGCUGUCAAGGUAGACAGAUACACAAAAACUAAGAAAAGCACCUAUACUGGCUUUGAGCUCUUCCGUAUAAAAGAACGAGAUAUUCCAAUUGAAGUAUUGGAGCUUGAGAACAAGAACGAUAAAGUUAUUGCAUUUGCCUGGGAGCCAAAAGGUCAUAGAUUUGCAGUUAUCCAUGGUGACAACCCUCGGCCUGAUGUCAGUUUUUACUCCAUGCGAACUGCCCAUCACACUGGCAGGGUCUCAAAGCUUACAACACUGAAAGGAAAGCAAGCCAAUGCUCUAUAUUGGUCUCCUUCUGGCCGCUUCAUCAUACUUGCUGGCAUGAAGGGUUUCAAUGGGCAGCUCGAGUUUUAUAAUGUGGAUGAACUUGAGACUAUGGCAACAGGGGAGCAUUUCAUGGCAACUGAUAUUGAAUGGGACCCUACAGGACGAUAUGUCGCCACAUCUGUUACUUCAGUUCAUGAAAUGGAAAACGGGUUCCACAUUUGGUCUUUCCAUGGCAAGUUGUUGUACAGAAUACCACGAGACCACUUUUACCAGUUCCUGUGGCGGCCAAGGCCACCUUCCCUUUUGCCUCCAGAGAAAGAGGAGGAGAUUGCAAGGAACUUGAAGAAGUACAGCAAGAAGUAUGAAGCAGAGGACCAAGAUGUCUCGUUGUUGUUGAGCGAGCAGGAUAGAGAGAAGAGAAGGCUGUUGCAAGAGGAGUGGGAUGGAUGGGUAAAAGAAUGGAAAGAACGACAUGAAGAAGAAAAGGUGUACAGGCAAGAACUCAGGGAUGGGGAGGCAAGUGAUGAAGAGGAGGAAUAUGAGGCAAAGGAAGUGGAGGUUGAGGAAAUCCUAGACGUCACUGAAGAAGUUGUUAGUUUUGGGGAUGAACAGGAGUGAAAAGAAAAGCAUUUGAAAAUGACAGUAUUACCUCCAAGGGAUCAUGCUGCAAAUUUUGGAUUCUUUGUCGUUCGCUUUAUUGGUACUAUUUUAGUCGACCCUCUAUCACGCUAGGGCGGUAAUUGAAUUUUGUUUGGGGAGAACGUUCGGAUCAUUUAAAAGAAUUUGACAUUUUGCAUGUUUAAUUCAAAGAAAACCUGAUCAAUGAUGUUGGGAUUGAGGUGCAAGACUAUACCAAACUAUUUAAGUGGGGCUGAAUGUAAAUAUAUUUGGACGGUCUAGUUGGCCGCAGUUGGAGCUCAA